AAAACUUGAUGUAGACAUUAAUUUUUAAAAGUAAAGCUAAAGCAUGAUUGGUAAAAUUUAGUGAUUUAAAAAUAAAUAAAGCUAAAGUAUGGAGAUAAAACCCAACCAAUCACCCCCAUUGUAAUAGUAGACGUGUCAGAUAAAACAUUAACUGUAUACACUUAAGAGUUAAGAGAUAAAAAUAAAACCAAGGAAAAAAAGUAACGCGAAUGGCUUCGAACCAUGUAAUGAGUCAACGUAAGAGGGGACAGUUUUACCAACUGUUCCACAAAGAUCAAAAGUAACAAAGGUAACUAAAUAAAACUGAAAAAGUAGUAGGGGGCACGUGCCCCGUUCCAGGUACUGUAGAUCCGCCCCUGUGUUAAUUAUUUACCUCUGUAGAUGUUGGGUUAUGUAAGUUGUUGCUUCUGAAAUAUUUUAAGCUGAGUAUGUUAAAUAGUUUGUGGAUUCUAAAUUUGGUGAAGAAAAUGAAAAAGAUAAAAAGGAUUAGAGUUUGAAAUUGAUAAUAUCUUUUGGAUUAUAAUUUAGAAAAAUUCUCUACGAUAGACAUUUUUAGUUUAGUUUCACGGAAAUAGCAUUUAACGAAGAAAAUGAGUAAAAUAAGUUUUAUUAAAAGAAUCUUAGGGUUUACUAAUAUCGACUUAGAGUUUAGAAUUAAAUGCUGAGUUUUUGAGGAUAUGAUUUUAAAUUUUAAAAUAAAAAAAUAAAUGUUAAAAAUUUCAAAACAAAAAGAGACUAUUUUAGUCAUUUUCUUACUCGAGAGUUAUUUUUGUGACAAAAACUUAAAAAUUUAUAUUUGAGAGAAUUGACCUCAUAUUUACUAGAAUAGAUAAUUUUGUAAUUUAUACAAGGAAGCCAUGCAUUUUGAUAUGCUUGUUGAUGUGCUUUAUUCUUGUUCUUCUCUCUUAUAUUUUGUGUUCUUUCAAUACUCUGCUGCGACUGAAAAUGGCCGAACAGAAUCAUACUAUUGAGCCAUAUACUGUAUGUAAAUGUUAGACAAAAGAAACUUCAUUCUAAAUGUUGCUCUGUUUGGUGAUCUCACUGUGAGGUUAUUAUUUUUAGCAAUUCCCAUUGGAAUAUACCAUCUGUUAACAAAUCACAUUCACAUUCAAUCAUCAAAUCAAUCAAAAUUCCCAAAAUUCAAUCCAAAUCUAACAGACCCACAAAUGGAAAAAUGAACUUUUAAGCCACACAAUUCAUAAAGAGUUAGAUUAUCCGAUUUAUAGAUCAAUAACAAAUUAUUACUACUGAUAAAUGUGACUGUGAGUUUGUGCGUAGAGGGAAACCAGAUAUCUGACGCAACUAAAAGAAAACCCAUCAUACACGUCGAAAUGAUGUUAUGGCUAGAGAAAUGUUUUUUGUCUUCUAGAUAAUUAAUUGACUACUUGACUUUUGAAAAGUCUUUGUAGUUUCCUUUUCGAGGUUAAGUUAAAAAGGCACAAGGCAAAAACAUGUUUGAUUUUGUAAUUUGUUCUUCUCUUGGUAUUCCUUCUCUGCAAAAUAUGAGAAGCAUGAGACUCUUUCUUUUACUUUCUUUCACUGCGCUAAUGUUAGUUGAAGCAUACAAGUUUAAUGAUGAAACUGAUAAGCAAGCACUGCUCGAGUUCAAGUCUAAAGUAUCUGAAGGAAGAAGAUCUGUCUUGUCCUCAUGGAACAAUUCAUCCCCUCUCUGCAACUGGACAGGGGUUAAAUGUGGCCGGAAACACAAAAGGGUUACUGGUUUGGACCUGGGAGGGCUGCAAUUGGGUGGGACGAUAUCACCAUCUAUUGGUAAUCUUUCGUUUCUCACAUCACUUAAUCUUGAAAAUAACUCUUUUGGUGGAACCAUCCCUCAAGAAGUGGGAAACUUGUUUAGAAUUCAACACUUGCUUAUGUCGUUAAAUUUUCUGGAAGGAGGGAUUCCAACAAGUCUUUAUAACUGCUCUAGAUUGUUCGAGUUUGAAUUAUUUUCAAAUUCUUUUACACAAGAUGUUCCUUCAGAGCUAGGUUCACUGACCAAACUUGCUUAUUUAGAACUUGGUAAAAACAACCUAAAAGGAAAGAUCCCUGCAUCUCUAGGAAACUUGACAUCCCUCAAGUAUCUUAGCUUUGGAAGUAACUAUAUCAAAGGAGGAAUCCCUAAUGAUAUAUCUCGAUUGACCCAAGUACUGUAUCUUGAUUUAUCUAUGAACCACUUUUCUGGUGUUUUUCCUCCUGGAAUUUACAAUUUGUCAUUACUUGAGUCUUUCAACAUCUUUGGUAAUGGUUUCUCUGGGAGCUUAAGGCCUGAUUUUGGUAAUUUACUACCAAACAUUCGAGAGUUGUAUGUGGGAAGUAAUCAUCUCACGGGACUCAUUCCAACAACACUUCCCAAUAUCUCAAACCUUCAAAUGUUGGGAAUGGAAUUUAAUAGUCUCACAGGAAGUAUUCCUUCCAGCUUUGGAAACGUACAAUAUUUGCAAACCUUAGAACUUAAUAAUAAUUCUUUGGGAAGCUACUCAGCUGGAGAUCUUGAUUUUCUUGGUGCUUUAACCAACUGCACGCAACUAGAUGUCUUAACUGUGUCAGAAAAUGUGCUUGGGGGUAUCUUGCCUACCUCUAUUGCCAAUAUCUCCAUAUAUGUUACGGAAUUAAGCCUUGGGUGGAAUCUCAUCUCUGGAAGCAUUCCGCAUGACAUUGGUAAUAUAAUCAACUUACAAACACUUUUGUUGGCAAAUAAUCUACUGUCAGGAAGACUCCCAGCCUCUCUUGGGAAACUUUCAAAUCUAGGCCUAUUAAGUGUCUCUUCAAAUAGAAUGUCUGGAGAGAUACCCUUUUCUAUAGGAAAUAUCACCCGGUUAGAAAAACUUUAUUUGGACAAGAAUAGUUUUGAAGGAACCAUUCCUCCGAGUCUUGGGAAUUGUAGCUAUAUGCUUCGUUUAAGGAUGGAUCAUAACACGUUGACUGGAACUAUACCUCGAGAGAUUAUGCAAAUUUCACCUCUUGUUUUUCUAACCAUGUCAAACAAUUAUUUGACUGGCUCUUUACCAAAAGAUGUUGGAAGCCUUGAACAUCUUGGUACACUGUCUGUUGCAUAUAAUAAAUUAUCAGGGGAACUGCCACAGACUUUGGGGAAGUGUCUCUUGAUGGAACAACUUUAUCUGCAAGUGAAUUCUUUUGAUGGAACCAUUCCAGACAUAAGUGGGUUGGUGGGUGUUAAAGAGGUUGAUUUCUCCAACAAUAAUCUCUCCGGAAGUAUACCAAGAUAUUUGGCAAACUUUAACUCGUUGGAGCAUCUCAAUCUAUCUAUUAACAACUUUGAGGGAAAAGUGCCAACAGAAGGAAAGUUCAAGAAUGCUACUAUUGUUUCAGUAUUUGGAAACAAAAACCUAUGUGGAGGCGUCUUGGAAUUGAAACUAAGUUCAUGCUUAUCACAAGAACUUGAGAAAAGGGCGAAACACUCAUCUCUUUCAAAAAAAGUUGUGAUUGGAGUAUGCAUAGGUGGAUCUAUAUUUAUAAUAUUGUUCAUAGCUUCAGUUUCUCUUUGUUGGUUCAAAAACAGAAAGAAGAACAAAACAAAUGCAGCAACUCCGUCCACCUUUGGGACUUUCCUUGAACAAAUAAGCUAUGGAGAUCUUCGAAACGCAACAGAUGGUUUCUCUUCAAGUAGUUUGAUUGGGUCAGGCAGCUUUGGUGCAGUGUUUAAAGCAUUGCUUCCAGCACAAAACAAGGUUGUUGCAGUGAAAGUUUUAAACAUGCAGCGACGUGGAGCAAUGAAGAGCUUUAUGGCAGAAUGUGAAUCCUUGAAAGACGUAAGGCAUCGUAAUCUUGUGAAACUGUUGACAGCUUGUUCAAGUAUUGAUUACCAAGGAAAUCAAUUCAGAGCUCUGAUCUAUGAGUUCAUGCCAAAUGGAAGCUUGGAUAUGUGGUUGCAUCCGGAAGAAGUGGAAGAGAUUCAUAGGCCAUCAAGAAAUUUGACACUUCUUGAAAGGCUUCGCAUAGCGAUAGAUGUUGCUUCUGUUCUGGAUUAUCUUCAUGUUCAUUGUCAUGAAGCUAUAGUUCAUUGUGAUCUUAAGCCAAGCAACGUCCUUCUAGACAAUGAUCUAACUGCGCAUGUUAGUGACUUUGGUCUAGCUCGGAUCCUCCUUAAAUUGGACCAGGAAUACUUUCUCAAUCAACUCAGCUCUGCUGGAGUCAGAGGAACCAUCGGCUAUGCUGCACCAGAAUAUGGACUAGGAGGGCAGAUAUCAACACACGGAGAUGUGUAUAGCUUUGGGAUUCUUGUUCUGGAAAUGUUCAGUGGGAAACGACCAACCAAUGAGGUGUUCGGAGAAAACUUUACCCUAUGUAGCUAUGUCAAAUCUGCAUUGCCAGAGCGAGUAUUGGAAGUUGCAGAUGAAUUUAUUCUUCACAGCGGCCUUAGAAUCGGCUUCCCUGCAGCCAAGUGCUUGACACUGGUUUUUGAGGUGGGACUGAGGUGUUGUGAAGAAUCUCCAAUGAGCCGGUUGGCAAUGAGUGAGGCUGUAAAAGAAUUGAUCUCAAUCAGAGAGAGUUUCUUCAGAUCCAGAAGAAGAGCUGGGCGUUGAGGUGUUUGUCCUUCCCUCCACAAACUUGAAGACUUAUUUGAUAUAAUUGUCUUAUGCAUAUUAUGCUUGAAGGUUUUGAAUGUAUGCUAUCUUGCUGUGUAAUUUGCUGACAGUGGACGAAUGUUGUUUGACAAGUUUUUUUUUUUUUUUAAAUUUCUUGCAUUUCA